AUGAUUACGUGGGAUGAAAAAGCACAUAUGAAAUUGCUAUUCGCAAUUAUUUCCACUUCUGCCCCCAAGGUGGACCACCAAGCAGUAGCCAACAUUAUGGGGAAUGGAUGCACGGCAAUUGCAAUCCAGCGCCGCUUAGCAAGAAUCAAGACAAUGGUCACUGAUAGCAACACCGCCUCUCCGACAACUCCGAAAUCCAAGUCUGCCGGUAAAAAGGCCACCAAAAAGCGCGCAGCCGAGGACAACUCCAAUGAAGAGUCUGGUGACGCUAAGAAGGUCAAAAAAGAACACGCAGAGGAGUUUGAAAGUGAGGAGUGA